AUGGCGCCCACGACCCACAUCCUAACCUUUGGUGACCCCAGAGUAAUCAUCUACUUGCAGCCACCUGGGGUGACCCCACUGGGAGGCUCUGCCGUCAUCCACUGUGAGUACCAGUGCAAUGGUGGGACCUUUGUGCUGUACAGGAGUGGGGAAAAAAUAAGCGCUCUGAAGCCGUAUGGCAAAAGGGCUGAGUUCCUCAUCUCCAACGUCACCCGAAGUUUCUCAGGUCCCUACACCUGCCAUUGUAUGCAUGGAGACAAUGGGACUAUGCUGGCACGCAGUGACACCUUAGAGGUCCUGGUGGAAGAGCUCCAGGGCCCCAAACCUGUCCUUUCCAUCCUGCCUGGACAUGAGGUGACUGCAGGGUCUGACGUGCUACUCCGUUGCACCUUCUGGAAUGACAGUGCCAUCUGCUUCCUGUACCUGGAGGGCCGGCCUGGGACACUCUAUCAAUUCUCCGAUAAGGAGGCCACUUUCCAACUCUCCCAGGUGGAGCAGGGCAAUGCGGGCCGUUACAUCUGCCAAUGCUACAUCAAACAGACCCCACCGGCAUGGUCUAGCCUCAGUGAAUUCUUGGAACUGGUCGUGAGAGAUUACACCUGGGGCAACACCGUGCGCCUGGCUCUGGGGGCUGGGAUCCUAGUGCUGCUGGGGCUCAUUGUGGCUGAAGCCAUGCACAGCAACAGACCCACGUCCAGUCACCUGGGCCCCCUCUAGAAUGGAAAACUCAUCUCCAAAUCAUCAGGAGAGAAAACGGUGCUGCCACGAGCAGGCAGACUGGAGGCAGACUGCAGGCUCCAUGCACGAGGAACUCCACAUCACUAAUGUCACUGGAGCUGGGACUGGGAAAGCAGGUGCUGGUCUCCUCUCCCAUCUCCU